UAUGGUAAAGACUUAUAAACAAAUGAAUAAGCCAGAUGACAAAUUGAAUAUCAAAAAGUUUUCAAGUCUUUAAUAUCCACAAUGUCCUUUCGGAGGUGAUCAUAGUGGAGAAUCUAUGAGUUUGAUUUGUCUGGAAAAAGAUUGUUUAUAAGGUCAAAUUUUAUGUUGUUGUAUAUGUUAAGAAGAAUUUCAUAAGGGACAUCAAUUAAAACCAUUAAAAUUGUUAUUGUGUGAAUAUGAUUAAUAAUUAAGGUAUAUACUAAUACAACAUUUAGAGAAUAUUAAAAUAUUUCUUUAAAAUAAAGUGAAAAGGAUAUCCUAAUAAAGAAAAUUAAUGAAUAAGAAGAAAAAUAAUUGACAUACAUUUAAGACUUUAAAGAAUAAAUUAACAAUAAAUUAUCUAAUAUUGUUAAUUUAGAGAAAGAAUUUUUUGAAAAUUUACGUAAAUUUGUGAAAAUGAGAGAAUUCAGCAAUGGAAAUUAAUGUAAUUAUUAAAAAUUAAUUAAAAUUUAGAUGCAGUCAUUGAAACUAUCAUUUAAAAUUAAACUAAUGUUGAAAUGUUGAGUAGCUCAGUUAAAACAUUGCUUGAUACUUUAGUAGUAUAGGAAAUUCCAGAAAAAGAUCUAAAUUAUGAAGAAAUAAAUAGGAUUUUCGAUUUUCAUAUAAAAGAUUAAAAAGAUCAUUUAUCAUAAUUAGAAAAAUAAUUUAAUUAAGGAAUAGAGCAAUAAAUAGAUUUAUUGUAAUCAAAGACAUAGAAAUCAAUUUUCUAGAAAUCAUAUUAAUUCUAAUUUUUAGCAAAUAAUAAACAUCCAUAAGUUGAUAUAAUACAACCAAAGAUUGUAAAAGGUAUAUUCUAUAUAUAAUUAUAUUUUAAAGCAAGUAAUUCAAAUCAUGGAUAUAAAUUUGCUGUGAUGACUCCAUCUUUAGAUAAAAAUUAGACUACUGUAUUUGGUUUCAAAUUAAAUGUAAAAUUAUUUAUUAAUAAAUUCUUAGUUUGUUCAUUAAAGUAAUUGGAUUGCAGUUGGAGUAUGUGAUUUAUCAAUAGUAUAAAGCAAAUAAUUUGGAUUUGCAUUUCAAUCACUUGGACAUGGAGCAUAUAUGGUUUCAUCAAAUGGUGGUGCUUGGUCAAGUACAACUUCUAAUUAAAAUAAUGUUGUUAAAUGUUUUAAAUUUGGAAAGGGUGAUAUUAUUAUUUGCACUUAUGAUCCAAAGAACGAAAAUAUUAUAUUCCAAAAACAAAAGGUUAAAUUUUAUUAUUUAUGUUAGUCUAGUACAACAUUCAAACUUGACAUUCCAAAAUCUGAUCAUGAUUUGUACCCUUGUGUUUUAUUUUAUUAUGCUUUGGAUGAAGUGGAAUUCAUACCACCAGAAGGAAUAAAUAAAUAAUGA